UUUCUAGGUUACUUUUAACACUUUUAAACGAGUUUCUGCUGUGUCUUGUUGCCGCGGUGCAUUCUGGAAGUAGUCGAAUGAUUCAAGAUGGCGGCGAGCAGGAGACUGCACAAGGAGCUUGAAGAAAUUCGCAAAUCUGGAAUGAAAAACUUCCGGAAUAUUCAAGUCGAUGAAUCGAAUAUAUUGACAUGGCAAGGGCUCAUUGUUCCAGAUAACCCUCCAUAUGACAAAGGGGCGUUCAGGAUCGAGAUCAGUUUCCCUGCGGAAUACCCUUUCAAGCCCCCGAAGAUCACUUUCAAGACGAAGAUCUACCACCCAAACAUUGACGAGAAAGGGCAGGUCUGUCUGCCUGUAAUUAGCGCAGAGAACUGGAAACCAGCCACCAAAACUGACCAAGUUAUUCAGUCGCUCAUCGCGCUGGUGAAUGACCCACAGCCAGAACAUCCCCUGAGGGCCGACUUAGCAGAAGAAUACUCAAAGGACCGUAAAAAAUUCUUUAAGAACGCAGAAGAGUUUACAAAGAAACACGGUGAAAAGCGGCCAGUGGACUAAUGACACCUGACAAGUGUGUAGCCCCACUCCUCCCAAACAUCAAUCCUGCUCUACCCGCCUCCUCUUUCCUCCCUUUCCUCUCUUUCUUCCUCCAUCUCUUUCUCACUACACGCAUCGUCCUAGUCCAGCUGGAGAAUCCCAUCGCGCCGCCGCUGCAGCCUCCGUCGUAAAGCGGGUCUCCGUGUGGAUCCAUCACCAGACUCUGUGCCUGGUGUUAGCUUGAAGCCUUUAGGAAAAUUCUGGAUUUGGUCUUCUUCUUUUUUUCUCUCUCUUUUUUUUUUUAAAAGCUUGUUAAGGAAAACUGGUCAAGAAAUUGUAACGUGGUAUCUCAGUAUGCUGUCCUGAGUGAAUUGAUCCUUGCUCCUUGCAUCAAUAUGCACUUCUUUAAUCUCUUUAAUCUGGAGUAAGGUUUAUUCAAAAAAUUAUUCUACAAAAAAAAAUGUGUGAAAUGUCAUUUAUCGUUUUGUUUCCAUUUUGCUCAUUUAUUUGCAAAAAAAAAAACGUUUAAUCCAAGGUGAUGGAGGUUAAACAGUUUGGAGGUAGGAGUGUGCUGGUAAUUUUCUUCAUCUUCUCUUUUUAUUUUCACUGUGUCCUGUGGGACGGCGUCCUAUCUGCUCCUAACACACCAUAGAUUUGCAGAUGCACUGAUUAGUCAACAACGAACCUAGACACUGAUAUUGUUAGCAUUUUUCACACAUGAAGAAAGAAAGGAAUACAAUUCUUGUGAAAGAAAUUUUUAUGGUGAUGUCUAAUUUUAAAGCCACCUUUAUUUUAAAAGUUUCACAGAGAGAGAGAGAGAUCUUGUGUUUUUGUUCAUUGUUUGGGUUUAGGGUAUAAAAAAAAAAAUGGAAAUGGUGCCUCCAGACCGAGAGCGUUUAUUUUUGUUUAUUCAGAAUAAAGAUUAGUCGGCACCUCUUUAGAAUCGUA